AGAUCAGAUCAGACCAGACCUGACCAGACCAGACUGCUGCUGCGUAUCAGUCCAGCUCAUGCACGACUUCUGUCCGCUCUUUCCAGCGAUUUCACUAUAAAUACCCGCGGUUCACUCGCGAUAUUUGGUAAAGGCAUUGCUGAAUGUCACAGAAUGGCAGUGGACUGGUGGGGCUUCGCCUAUGCUGCAGCUCUUGCUCUGGGAGGCUUCAUGGGCUAUAAAAGAAAAGGAAGUGUGGUGUCGUUAAUUGCCGGACUCUUCUUUGGAAGUGUGUCUGCAUAUGGAGCAUAUAAAAUAACAAAUGAUCCGCACGAUUACUGGACCUCUCUGAUCGCCGCCGGUGUUCUGGCUGUUGUGAUGGGAAUGAGGUUCAGGAAAUCUGGGAAAUUAAUGCCUGCAGGAAUCAUGGCAGGACUGAGGUAAAACUGUAGCUUGGACAAUCACAG